AUGGGCAAGCCGGGAAAAAAGGCCGGGAAGGGGUUACUCCCACCCACGAAUGUCAACCGUCGCGUUGAUGCCAGCAAGACAAGCUUGCGCGACCAGAGGACUGUGAAGCGCCUGAAAAUGUACACGUCUAAGAUUGUUCGCGAUGAAAAAGGACAUAUCAUAAAAGGGAGUGUGCUGAAGGCGUCAGACCGUGUGGAACAGCAGAUGGUCCGCGUUGCCCCCGAUCGACGGUGGUUUGGUAACACUAGAGUUAUCGGACAAGAAGCCCUGCAGAAGUUUCGAAAAGAGAUGGGUGCCAAAUAUAGGGACCCUUACAGUGUUAUUAUUAAGCAGUCAAAACUUCCAUUAAGUCUUCUUGAAACAGAUGCCAAGGAGGAGGAUGGUAGUAUUCGAAAGCAGAUGGAAUGGGAUAAGACUUUCGGUGACAAGGCAAGUCGAAAGCGGGUUCGCCUGGAUUCAGUUGAUAUGGAGAACUUCGCAAAGAAGGCGGCGGUGCGUAGCGACGAGUAUUCUACAGAAAAGAAAGAAACUGAUCGUAACCUUGUAAAGAAGGGGGAUGCAGUUCGUGACGAUCGUUCAAAAAAUCGUGGUCUCUUCAAGAAAGGUCAAUCAAAUCGCAUUUGGAAUGAACUCUACAAGGUGAUUGACAGUUCUGACGUUGUCUUGUAUGUAUUGGAUGCCAGAGAUCCUUUGGGUACUCGUAGUCCUUUCAUCGAGGAGUAUAUGCGCAAGGAGAAAAAAUACAAGCAUUUUAUUUUCGUUUUGAACAAGUGCGAUCUUAUUCCCUUGUGGGCUACUGCACGAUGGCUUCAAGUGCUGAGUAAAGACUAUCCUACCGUGGCGUUUCACGCGAGUGUCAACCAUCCAUUUGGCAAAGGUAGCGUGAUCUCUCUUCUACGGCAGUUUGCAAAACUACAUAACGUUACGCAUCGAGGGAGUAAGAGGACGAAGACACCUAUUUCUGUGGGUGUGAUUGGCUACCCUAAUGUUGGGAAGAGUUCCUUGAUCAACACGUUGCGGCGAAAAUCCGUUUGCAAGGUUGCACCUAUUCCGGGAGAGACAAAGGUUUGGCAGUACGUUGCUCUUACAAGGACUAUUUUUCUUAUUGACUGUCCUGGUGUUGUGUAUGACCGAGAAACCAACAAUGAUGUUCAGGCGGUUCUCAAGGGUGUUGUGCGUGUGGAACGCUUGGGAAAUGCCGAUAAAACAGAAGUUGUCAACGCUGUCCUCGAGAUUGUAAAGAGACAAGAUAUUGUUGCUACUUACGGUGUAACUGAAUGGAGGGACGUAACUGAUUUUCUCGAAAAACUGGCAAAGCUCCGGGGUAAACUUGUAACUGGUGGACUUCCUGACACUGAAGCGGCAGCGCGCAUGGUUCUCUAUGACUGGCAGCGGGGACGGAUUCCAUGGUUCAGUGCUCCAUCUUUUGAUUCAAAUAAGCACUAUCGCGACGCGUUGGAGUUGCCGGAGGAAAAACACAUGAAGCUGAUUGAGCAUUGGGGGUCAUUUAACAUCGUAGAUGGUGCCAUGGAUCGGAACAGUGAUACUGACGACGAGGAGGGAAAUGAGGAGGAAGAAGAGGUUUCUAAAGAGGAGCAGCCGGGGCAGAGCAAUGUCGUUUCUGAAGAGGAACCCUACAAGGGAAGGAAUGUCCAUUCUCGCGUGAAAAAACCCAAUGUCAACGCGACAGUUGCUACUUUUACCGCGGAACAGACCGCCCUGAAGAAGAAGGAGGAACGGAAGAAAAGGACAACUGAAUCUACAUCAGCCUCGGCUCGAACGUUUAAGGAAAGUAAUGACGACGAUCUGUGGAAUCGUUUUCUUGAGGCGGCUAAGAAGUGA